AGAACGACGACGAAAGGACGCAAUGGCUGGCAUAAAACGAAAAUCGGUAGCCUCAGCCCCGCGAGACCCCAAAGUCAAAAGCAAAAAGGUUAAAGUCGACAAAUCCACAGCAAAGCGUCCAGCCGAACACAAUGCUGCCAAGCAGGCGCAGACACCCACGAAAACCAAGCUGAAGGUCGAACCGGACGGCUUGGUCGAAUCGGAUACGAGCGAAGACGAGAAUGGAUUUUAUGGGUUCUCAGCAGACAAUACGACCACCUUGAGCAGCUCGGAUGGGUCCUCUGCAGAUGAACCCGGCGCUAGUAGCGAGCCCGACAAGAAAGAGGGAAACAAGGGGCAGAAAAAGAAGCUUAAGAACGAUGACAAGAAGACCCAAAAGGCCUCUGUAAACGAGAAGAAGCCUUCCAAACUUGCAGAACUCAAUGCAACCUCAUCGCGUGAAGCCCAUGCCAAGCAGAAAGCCCUGGCUAAGGAUCGGAAAGCCGCGAAACCAAACGCCGAUGCCGUCGAACGAACCAAGAUCCUGUGGGAGAAGCUAAGGCUCAAGACGAAUAUACAGAAGAAGGAGCGGGAGGACUUGAUCAACGAACUCAUGGGGGUUGUCACAGACAGGGUCAAAGAUUUUGUCUUUAAGCAUGACUCGGCUCGGGUAAUUCAGACUUUGAUCAAGUAUUCAACAAUGGAGCAGAGACGAAGCAUUGCCAAAGAACUAAAAGGCGAAUUUAGAACUCUGGCCGAGGGAAAAUACUCCAAGUUCAUGGUCGCCAAAUUGCUUGAGAAGGGUGACCAAACAAUUCGAGAUAUGAUCAUUCCGGAGUUCUAUGGCCACGUCCGACGUCUGAUCAACCACCCCGAAGCCGCCUGGAUACUGGAUGACACUUACCGACAAGUGGCAACGCCAGAACAAAAGGCCCGUCUCCUCCGCGAAUGGUAUGGCCCUGAGUUCUCCAUCAAAGGUCUCAAUGCCAAAAGCGAUGAAACCGCAGACCUGACUGCGAUACUGGAGAAGUCGCCCGAGAAACGCAAACCCAUAUUGGAACACUUGGAGGUUCAAAUCAACCAGCUCAUGAACAAGAAGAUGACCGGGUUCACUAUGCUGCACGACGCGAUGCUUCAGUAUUUCCUAACGUGCAAACCUGGCACGUCCGAAGCGAGCGACUUCCUAGAACACCUGAGGCCGGAUGCAACGUUGAAGGAAGGAGAGGAGCCUGAUAAUGUGGACCUUCUGAAGAACCUCGCAUUCACGAAGUCUGGUUCUCGGCUCGUAUCGCUCGCUUUCGCUUACGGCAGUGCAAAAGAUCGCAAGGUCUUCUUACGACCGUACAAGGAAACCAUCGAGAUGAUGGCGUAUGAUCCACAUGCUCAUCAUAUCCUUUUGGCGGCGUUAGCAGUUGCGGACGAUACCAAACUCACGUCCAAGUCCAUAUUCGGCGAACUGCUACCUUCGAAUGAAGAUCUUCCCGAGAAAGUCUUGAGUCUGGCAAACGAUGCGCGAGCUCGUACAGUUCUACUGUAUCCCUUCGCAGCAGACAGCAAAUGGCUUCUAGAUGAUAACACCCGCGAACGACUAUCUGAGCUGUACCUGAUACGCGCGACGACGUCUAAGAAAGACCCGAACACGCGCCUACAAGAGAUCGCAAGAGCUAUUGAGCCUCAACUUCUGACCGCCGUCACUACCCGAGCCAAGGAUCUUGCGUCCUCUGCAUAUGGCUUACAGUUCAUGGGCGAAGUUCUCAUCGGAGCACCGGAGAUCGAGCCAUCAAAGCGGAUUGACGCAUUAUUGGAGGUCGCUGGUCUUUCCCAGCGGAUUCUCGAUUCAUCCGCCGGCGAUAAGACCAUAAGUCACGGGAAGAACAUGCUCAAGACUCUUGUACAGGGUGGCAAAUUUGAUCCCAAGGAGAAGAAGGUGGUAUCCGUAGAACCACCCCUCGGUUUCGCAGACAUUUUCUGGGAUGAAAUCAAGGAGAACGUGCUUCAAUGGGCUACCGGCCCAGGCUCGUUCGUCAUUGUGAGUUUGACCGAAUCUGAGGGCUUUGAGAGGAAAGAGGAGGUUCUGAAGGCUUUAAGCAAGGGUCGCAAGGAGCUUGAGGCUGCAGCAGCACCGGCCGAUGGCGAGCCUAGGCCGACGAAGUCGAAGAAGGGUGAUACGACGCAAGGCAAAAGGCCGGGGAAUGCGGGGGCAAAGAUCCUCCUGGAGAAACUGUAGAUGUAAGCGUUAUGUUGCAUACCUAAAAAGGAGUUGAAUCCCAUGUUCACAGCAUGGUUGCUCUCAUAGCUGUCACAUGGAGUAAACGCCACGGAUGAAUACCAUGUCUCUUGACAUCUGGCCGUAUUGCGUCAGUGGCUAAAUAGCUACCCUAAGAUAGGAUGAAUUGGACUCGCAGCAGGC